GUAAGAGUAGUGGUGUGAGGUGUGCAUGAGGCAGCAUGGGGGCGGCCUCAUUACAGGCACCGCUCCUCGCUGCUCGUAAUGCUUCACAAGUGUAAUUGUGGAGGUAGUUAACCCCCUGGAGGUGUCCAGUCCAGUUGCUGAGUUCCUGUACUUUCCAAGAUGGUGGUCCUAUCAGUUCUUGACAGAGGUUUGCACACCUAUAAUGGGUGUCUGUUUGCUUACCCAUUGCUCACCAAAGCCUGUACCAGUGCAUUUACUGGAGCUCUUGGAGACUUUCUGGGUCAGCUUAUAACUAAGCAGCCAUUCAUCAACUUGCACAGUAUUGCAAGAUACUCAGCAUUUGGAUUUGUUGUGACUGGACCAAUGGCCCAUCACUUUUACAAGACACUGGAUCAGUUGGUGCCUGCCACGGCAUGGGGAGCAGCUUUCAAGCGUCUCAUGGUCGACAGAUUCAUGUUCGCUCCCCUCCUCCUCCUCCUCUCCAUGUAUUUGCUCUCAAGACUUGAGGGGAAGAAUCAUCGUACCUGUGCAAAAGAAAUCCGGCUAAAAUAUUGGCCAGCGCUCAAGAUGAAUUGGAAGGUUUGGACUCCAGUUCAAUACAUUAAUAUCAACUACAUUCCACAACAGUACCGUUCACUCUUCGCCAAUGUUGUUGCCAUCUUUUGGAUUAUGUACUUGACCAACAAGAGAAGACAAGCUACCACUGCUGCUGCCAAAACUCCUUAAAUUUCUGCAGAACUUUAAACAAAGUUUGCAUACAAAAAAUCAAGAGAAUUAAAAUUUGAAACAACUUCAACAGUUAAACAAAAGUUCAAUAGGUAUUUAAAACAGUAGUAAAAAAAUAUAUAUAUUUGUAUUUCAUUUUGUGUUAUGGACUAGGCUCCCAGAAAUAGAGAGUUAACCAAUCACAGUGCAGGAUGCAGAAUAGUUUAACAGUUGUCACAGUGACAGGUUUGUAGACACUGCUUUAGACCAUGUGAGUUAGGACGAUGCAAAGGUACAGUAUCUCCUCCCUUCAGCUAGAUCAAGUAAUUGGGAACCAGUUGGGUUCCUAUGAGAAACCAGUUGUGAAAAGGAAGUUGUACUGUACUGAAGCUGCCUUAAACUGAAUUUGAAAUUAACAGUGAUUAAAUUUCUUGUUCUUCAUUAUUGUAGUAAGGUUGAUUAGUAAAAGCUAAAAUAUUCUGACAACUAUUUUCUACUUGAUAAAUAACAUUUACCUCAAUUUUUUUGUGCCAUAAUUCUUAAUGUAGGAAACAGCAGAGAUUCUGUUCAUAAAAGAUGCUGUUCACUUUUGUUCAUUAUUAUUUUUUAAUUAAAUUAUGGGCAUUAAUUUAAAAGAAUCAGUGAUGUUGACAGCUUAAUGACCCCCAUAAGCCACCAAUACCCAGGAACUAUUGCAAGGAAAAUUUGCUUUUUAGGUGAUAAUUGUAUUUUAUUUUUAUACCUGUACUGCAUAACAUGAAAGCUUAACAGUUAAUGAGUUUUAAAACUACUAAAACUGUAAUAAUUUUUAGUUUUAUAAUUGAGAAUGUGGUACAGUAUAUGGUAGUUGUAAUGAAGCAUUACAAUAACCGUAUUAGACAUACUAAUUUUAAAACUUGCAGAAAUAUAUUCAUAAAGCUAUAUACUAGUGGCUAUAUUAACAUGUGGGAUUAUCUAUGCAUACAUUAUAUUGUACUGAACCCUUAUUGGUUAAGUCUGCAUAGUAAUGUGUAAUGUAAUGUUUAGGUCAAGAUGAUAACUUGAGUAUAUUUUUGUUAUAUUAACGUUUAUAGAGUUUUAAUAUAAUAAUUAUAUGUGGGUCUGUAAGUUGUUGUUGUUUUAGAUUCAGCUACUGGGAACAAAAGUUCCAAGUAGCACGAGCUAUGGUGAGCCCGUAGUGGACUUGGGUCUGUAAGACAAUAAUAUGUAUCUUAAGUAAUACAGUGGAACCUCGAGUGACGAGCAACUAGUUACAAGCAUUUCGAGUAACGAGCGAGCCACUCGCAGAAAAUUUGUCUAUAUCAACGAGCUUUCGCUCGAUUAACGAGCAAACUACAUGGUGCUUUCUAGCGUUCCCGCUGGUUCUCAGACACCUCCAACGACAGUGUUGUUGUUGUUUCGCAAGACGAGCGUUUCACGUGACGAGCUCGGUGCCGGAACGGAUUAAAUUUGUUAAUCGAGGCGCCACUGUACAUGUGCACUGUAAUUUCAAAUUGUUCAUGAACUGGGUUAUCAAGUGAACUGUAUAUACUUACCUGAAUUUACCUGAGGGCUACUAACACUUUAGUGGUCUUGAUGAGGACAGGACAGUUUUGUCCUCUUUUGACAAUUACUUACUGUAUAUGAAGUAAAAUUUGGUCAACUUAUAUUUGUAUGGAAAAUUAUUGGUUAGAGAAAUUUUAAUUAAAUUACAUACUUGUACAAGAAAAGUUAAGAUAUGUGUGGGGAUAAUGGAAAGUGAUUGUACACAAUUAAAAUGGGAGAAAAUG